AUGUCAUCAUCAAUAGGAAAAUUAUCUCGUGAAGAAUUUCGGCGGCAGAAAGAUUUAGAUGCAGCAAGAAAAGCAGGUACAGCACCGGCAGAAUUGGAUGAAGAGGGAAAUGCAAUCAAUCCACAUAUUCCGCAAUUUAUGGCACAGGCGCCAUGGUAUAUGGAUACCGGAAAGCCAUCACUAAAGCAUCAAAGGAAACCAGAAGAUACAAAAGAUCAUGUUAAAUUUGGAGAUUGGUAUCAGAGAGGACAGAGGGAGAGCAAAUCAGCAAACAAAUACCGAAAGGGAGCAUGUGAAAAUUGUGGUGCUAUCUCGCAUAAGACUAAAGAUUGUCUUGAAAGGCCAAGAAAGAAAGGUGCAAAAUGGACAAACAAAAAUAUUGCUGCUGAUGAAAUUUUCAGCGAUGUGAAAGGGAUAGACAAUGAUUAUGAAGCAAAGCGAGACAGAUGGAAUGGAUAUGAUCCAAAUGAACACAAGCAUGUCAUCAAGGAAUACGAGGCUAUCGAAGAAGCAAGACGGAAGAAACGUGAAGAAGAGAUUGAUAAGCAAACUAGCACAGACCUUAGCACAGCUAAGAAGCUUGCCAGAAAAGAAAAGAAAGAGAGCGGACCAACAUCGGAUGGCGACUUUGGCAGCAGUGAUAGCGAUGAAGAAGACGAAGAUAAAUAUGCUGAAAAGGCUGACAUGGUCGGUCAGAAGGUUGACACAGAUAAGCGAAUAUCCGUGCGAAACUUACGUAUCAGAGAAGAUCGUGCAAAAUACCUUUACAACCUCAAUCCCGAAUCUGCUUAUUACGAUCCAAAAACUCGUUCAAUGCGAGAAGCACCCAACCCAGGUGUUCGACCAGAAGAUGCACAGUACGCUGGAGACAACUUUGAACGAUCUCGCGGAGAUGUUGCAGAUAUGCAAAAGCUGCAAAUGUUUGCCUGGCAAGCUGAAGCACGCGGAAAUGAUGUCCAUAUGCAAGCCAAUCCGACUGUCAAUGAACUUCAACAUAGGGAAUAUCAGCAAAAGAAAGAGAAGCUUAACAAGGAAGUCAAGAGCAGCAUCUUGGAUAGAUAUGGCGGUGCAGAGCAUUUCGAUAGUGUACCAAAGGAGCUCUUGACUGGACAAUCGGAAAGUUAUGUGGAAUACACACCUACUGGUCAACCAGUCCAUCAGAAAUCAGAUACCAAAAUUCAACGAGCAAAAAGCGAAGAAAAGAAGGUUGAGCUAUUUGAUGGCAACCAUGUCAACCCAUAUGGAUCGUGGACUGAUCCAGCAACCGGCAAGGUUGGAUAUGAAUGCUGCCAUGGUACAAUCAAGAACAGCUAUUGCACUGGGCAGGCAGGUAAAGAGGCUGCUAAUGCGAGCAACAUUCUUGCAAUUUCAACUCCAAGCAAAGAGGCAAGUGGCUCAACCGAGAGAGCAAAUGACCGAGAAGCAACCACCUCCACCAAAAGACGAUCGAGACGGAGUCGCUCUCGUUCUGCGUCAUUUUCUUCAGAUUACUCCAGCGACUCCCACUACUCUUCUGAUGAUUCACGCGAUGAAAGAUCUCGUCACGAUCGCAAGCGACAUCGCACACAUGCCAAAGGUUAUUCAAGUAAGAAAGAUAUAGGUGAAGGUGAUGUAUCUCGAAGAUUGGACAAAGGUAAAUUGAGAGAUGCACUCAAACACGAAGAUCGUCGAUUGAACGGAAGUGAGGAUGCCGCAACACAGAAACCAGAUUGGUUGUUGGAAGCAGAGGCAAUCAAUUCACGAAACAAAGAUAAAUUCAAAUCAUUACAAAGUGGUCAAGAAACAGAUCAAGAUGUUACGGAAGAACAAUUGGAGGCGUAUAGGAUGAAGAACCGUAAUCGAACUGAGGAUCCAAUGGCUAACUAUCGUGAUGAAGAGGAGGGCUGAAGCGUGAGGACUUUAUGAAGGUGUAUAGUAUUGAAACGAACAGUUGGCUUGAUGUUAAUGUAGAAUGCAUAUACAAUUGAUUGAUAGGAUAUCGAGAAUCUGUACCAGAAAUAGUGCUGCUGGGCUAGACGAACUCUAGAC